CAUUUGAAUAACCUUAUACAAGAUAGUUAUCUAAUUACGAGCGUACAUGAUAGAUAACACUACAGUUGAAAGAGUGAAGUAAUUGUUAGAUGUGGGAUUAACACUCUCCAAGCAAAGCUUCAUUUUUGGAUUGUGACAUAUUUUGAGGAAAACUGUAAAAUGCCACCAAAACGUAAGCAAACACAAAUACCAAGUGCGACCGGACAUUCCUCCCCAAAGCAGCAAAAACCAUCUACCAGUGGAUCUGGUUGCCAAGAUGAAAACUCGGCAUUUACCAUAUUCCCAGGAAUGUCAAAGAACGAGAAGAGAUCGGACUAUUUAAGUUGGAAGGAGUAUUUCAUGGGUAUAGCCCUGAUAACGGCACAGAGGAGCAAAGAUCCAAAUAGACAGGUGGGUUCAUGUAUAGUAAAUGCAGAAAAACGAAUUAUCGGCACUGGGUAUAACGGUAUGCCAAACAGAUGUAGCGAUGACGUUUUGCCAUGGGGCAAGGAUUCUGUCGAAGAAUUAGAAAAUAAGAAUUAUUAUGUUUGCCAUUCCGAAAUGAAUGCAAUCGUAAACAAAAUGUCUUCAGAUGUCCGUGGCUCUACUAUGUAUGUGACAUAUUUCCCGUGUAAUGAGUGUGCCAAACUCUUGAUACAGGCAGGAAUAAAAUCCGUGAUAUACUAUGAAGACAACAAUAAAAAAGCGACAGAAGCUUCAAGAUUAAUGUUAAACAUAGCGGGCGUCAAAACCAAGAAAUAUGAACGCACUGGUCGAACUCUGAAGAUCGAAGAUAUUUUUGAAAACACAUUAUAAAACGUCACAAAACAGAACCCAUUACUUCUAAUAAUGUUGUGCAUCUAAUGGAAGCGAAAAUUUAUUUCCGCCUUCUCAGGAGAAAAUCUUUAAAUAUCCUGACACUUUUUUGCGGAUAGAAGAACUGUGUAUAUUAUCUUACUUAUAUGUGCAGGUUGAAUCCUUUUAAUGAGAUACAUUAGGCCUAAAAAAAUCUUUGUUUCCAGUAACAUGCUCAAAAAAAUUAGGGUACUACUAGGUAGGUCGAAUAUUUUUUUUUCUGAAUUUUCUUUUAUUAAGUGGGACUUCUCGGAAAUUACUUUUGUGUCAAAAAAUGAAUACAAAUAAGGGGGUUAUGCCAUUAGAGCAUCAGUAAGUUGAUUUCUAACAUCACUGACCAUGUUUAAAGCAUAGAAAGUGCAAUUUUGAAACUUUUUGUUAAAAAGUUGAAAGAAAAUAUUCUCCAAGGCCAUAAAACAUUUAGGGUCGGGCCAAAAAUUUAGGGUAGGUCGGGACACCGGAAACAAACAUUUUUUUAACACCUUACAGAAUGACUUUCAUUUACUUAUUGAUAAAAGGACAUUUGUUCUGAAUUAAUAUGGUAUAUCAAGUACAUUUAUGCAUACGUGAGGAUGAAUUUAUCAGUGAUUCAACUAAGAAAAAUCGCAAUAUUUCUUAACUUUCUCCAAAACGUUUGUAAGAUUGUUCGGACAUUUGGUUAACAGUAAGAGUGAAACAAGGCUUUAAUUAAAAGUGUACUAUUAUUCUCAUGUUUACAACAUAACAUUUCUAGAUUGUCAAAGUUAAUGCUAUAAAAUAUUGUGAAAAUGAUCACUUAAAAUAAAAUGAAAAUGUAUACACAUUAAAUUAAGAGGACCAUGUCUUGUCAAAUAAAUGAUUGACCGAAUGUAUGAAUUUAGUUUUUUAAUUGUAUAAUAUAACACUUAUAUUGUGUUAUUUAUGGCAUUUUGAAUAAAUGUCCAUUUUCAUUUAAAUA